AUGCCUUCAUACUUGAUCACAGGAACAAGCCGUGGCCUUGGCUUGGGUUUCGCCGCUGAACUGCUCAAAGAUCCCAAAAACCUCGUCAUCGCAACCGCACGCAACACCGCCAGUUCCUCAGGUUUGCAAAAGCUCAAGGUCGAAUACCCACAGAACGACCGCCUCAUUCUGCUCGACCUCGAUGUUUCAAAUGUCGAAAGUAUUCGUGCAGCUGUCAAGACUCUGGAGCCAUUGCUUCCCAAUGGCUUGGACAAUCUCCUCAGUAACGCCGGCGUGAGCUAUAGCAGCAUGAAGACUUUUGAAGAAAUUGAUAUUGCAGAGUUCACGUCCGAAGUCAUUUUUACCGUCACCGCACCGUUCAACCUGCUGCGGGAAUUCCUUCCACUUAUUCGCAAGAGCGAGACCAAAAGGGCAUUGUUUGUUACUUCGAUUCUAGGCUCGAUUGAGCUCGCGCCGAACCUGCCAAAUCUUAUGAAUGCAUAUUCUGUGGCGAGAGCUGCGCUGAACAUGUUAGUUCGCAAAUGGUCGGUCAUUCUGAAGCAGGAGGGCAUUACCGCUGCUGUCAUUCACCCAGGCUGGAUUGGAGAAACUGAGAUGGGCGACGAAAUCUCAGAGUGGGUUGCAAAAUACAACCCAGCUUUGGAAAAUCUGUCCACAGAAAAGGCUGCUGCCGACUGCAUGAAGAUCUUGAAUAACAUGACUCCCGAAGACUCGGGUGCCUUUUUCCAUCAAGACGGUAGCAGACUUCCUUUUUAA